UGCCGGUCACGAGAUUGAAACUACCUAGUCAAAUUUACCAUAAAGUUUAUCAUUAUGCUUAAAUUUGAUUGAUUUUGAUUAGUCAUUUGCAGACAAAAAAAAAAAGAAAAAAGAAAAAGAAAGAGAAAAGAAAAAACAGAUAACAUUGUUUAUUGUAAUAAUAUCACAGAAAAUCGUAUGAAAAUAGAGAAAAUUUAUAAUUCUUUAAUAUAUUUGCCGGUAUUCUUGAAAUUUAGAAAUUGUCAUGUGCAAUUUACUGUUAUUUCGUAUUAAGAGUUUUUGAAGUUAUCUUGAAUGAAUGAUGUAUUCUUUAACGAUACAUGUCUACGUAUAAAAAUGGAAAGCCGGAAUUUUGACAACAAUAAAAAUCACAAAGUUUUGCGACAUUAUGUUGCAAAGAAAAAUUCUACUGUUACUUGCAUGUCAAGACAUUGUGAUGUAAAUGUAAGUACUUUACGUCUGGGAAUGCUGGUAAAAUGCCUGGAAGAUUUAAUGGAUGGAACGCUCCUAAUUUCUGUCACCGAUGUGUCAGGAUCAAAAGUUUGGUUUAACACAGAAUGGUGCUGUCAAAAAACUGAUCUCAUUCCUGUGUCACAAGAAAUUUGGAGAUUUCUUCUUGCGGUUUCAGUACCACAAGAGAGAGUUCGCCUGGCCAAUAAUAAAUCACUUUGUGGAAUAUUGGAAAAUUUAUCUGUAAAUGAUAAAGUAUGGUAUCACUCUAACCAUAAAGUUAAUGACCACAAGGAAUUAGCUAUUAUUAAAUAUAUUGGUCCUGUACCUAAGCUUGGUCAAGGAUUUUAUUUUGGUCUUGACAUACCGGACAGUCAAGAAUUAUCUAAAACAUCUAUGCUAUGUUCAGAAUAUUUUGAGUCAGCUCACUCAAAUAGAACAUUUGCAACAUUGAAUAAAAUUUCUCUUUAUAAAGUGGAUGUUCCAAAUAGAAAUACAGAACAAAUUUUAAUACCAAAACCUAUUACACAAAAUGUCUCUACUAAUUUGUCUGACAAAAAGAAAUUUACUUUGGAUCCAAAUUUGUUAGAUGUAUUGGAAACAUUUUCCCCAGACAGCAGUAAGAAUAAUAAUAAUAAUUGUAAUAGUACAUCUUUACCAGAUGAAUAUCAUUAUGCCAUGAGAUCAUUAAUUCCACAAAAUACAAAUAACAAAUCAGGUAAUAUGUCAGAAGAAAAUGGAAACAAAAAUUGUAGACGAGAUAAAUCUUCAGAUUUAAUUGUGGGUUCAAAUGUUAAAGUACUUCUAGGCUCAGAUUUAAGACAUGGAACCCUUCGUUGGAUUGGAACACGACCUGAUACUAGUAAAUUAAUGGCAGCUGUUGAAUUGGAUGAAGGACAUCCAUCAGGUACAGAUGGUACUUACAAGGAAAUAAGAUAUUUUCAAUGUCAACCUUAUAGAGCUGUUUUCACGGAUAUUGAGCAAUGUUUUCCAUAUGAAUCUGGAGUAGUAAGAGUUGAUGAUCGAUAUCCUUCUAUGAAUACUAAUAAUUUUGGAAAUAUGGAAAAUGUAAUUACAGGAAUGGUGAGACCUAUUUCAGUCAAAGGAAAUUUAGAGAGUAUUUGUGGAAAAUUCAGAGGAAUACAAGGUCAUCAUAAUUCAUGUUAUUUGGAUGCUACUCUUUUCAGUAUGUUUGCUUUCACUAGUGUAUUUGACAAUCUUUUAUUCAGACCACCAAAUGAAAAAGAUUGUCAUGAGUAUGAAGAAGUUCAGAAAGUAUUACGCGAAGAAAUCGUUAAUCCCCUUCGAAAAAAUAUAUUUGUAAGUGCAGAUCGUGUAAUGAAAUUAAGAACGUUACUUGAAAAAUUGUCUUCUGUAUCUGGUCUUACAAGUGAAGAAAAAGAUCCAGAAGAAUUUUUAACAUCAUUGGUGGCACAAAUCUUAAAUGCUGAACCAUUUCUCAAAUUAAGUUCUGGUCAGGAUGCAUAUCACUAUCAACUUUUCGUUGAAAAGGACGAUCAUCUCAGUCUACCAACAGUACAACAACUAUUAGAACAGAGCUUUUUCACAAGUAAUAUCAGAUUGAAGGAAGUUCCUUCUUGCCUUAUCAUACAAAUGCCACGAUUUGGAAAAUCAUUUAAAAUGUAUCAAAAAAUCCAACCAACUCUCUUGCUUGAUGUGACAGAUAUAAUUGAAGAUUCUCCUAGACAGUGCACAGUAUGUGGUAAAUUAGCUGAAUUUGAAUGUAAAGAAUGUUAUGGAGAAUGUGGAGAAGGUCUUGAAAGCAUAGCCUUCUGUGUAGAAUGCUUAAAAACAGUACACCGUCAUGAACAUAGAACUAAUCAUGAACCAAAAAAACUUAGUGUACCAGUAGAAUUUGCAAUUUUACAAGAGCAUUGUCCCGUACCUCGUUUAUAUUUAGAACUCUCAGCAGUCGUUUGUAUUGAAACAUCUCAUUAUGUUUCAUUUGUAAAGUGUGGCUCUGGUUCAGAAGCACCAUGGUGUUUUUUUGAUUCUAUGGCAGAUAGAAAAGGUGAACAAGAUGGAUAUAAUAUACCAGAGAUGGUGCCAUGUCCAGAUUUUCCUUAUUGGCUAAGUGAAGAAGGUGGCAAUUAUUUGAUGAAAUUAACAGACGAUCGUAAUUUACCGGAAUAUGCAAAACGACUUUUGUGUGAUGCCUACAUGUGUAUGUACCAGUCACCGGAUGUUAUGAUGUACAAAUAAUGUUGAUAUAACCUCAUAAUAUUGAUAAUUUUAUUGGUAUAUUGACUGCUGGAAUUCCUGCCAUAUUUGCUGGUUGCGUACAAUAAUCUUGAAUUAAACACUGUCUCUGAUUAUCAAGUAAUACAAAUUCAUCAUAAAUUGGAGCAUCCGUUAGGGUAGUAGGUGUAAGUAAUAAGUCAAUAUUACUGUCCCAUACUUUGUUAAAAUCUUGUGAAAUUAAUCUACGUAAUUUCAUUGCUUUUACAUAAUAUUGUUCAUAAUUUUCUCGUAACAAAAAAAAAUUUCCAGCAAAUAUACGACUCUUAACAACAUCAUUGAAACCUGUGGAUCUUGUUUUUCUGUACAAUUCAGUUAGCGAAUUUUCUUCAUCUGCACGAUAACCAUACCGAACACUAUCAUAACGUGCCAUAUUACUCGCUACAGUGCAACAAUUUAAUACCGAAUAACACACUAUAGAAUAAUCUGUAUAUGGAAGAGAAACUGGAAUUACUUUAGCACCUGCUUCUUCUAUUAGUGAAGCAACUUCAUCCCAGCACUUCUGUAUUUCUUUACUUAUUCCAUCAAUUUUAUAUUCUUUUGGUAUACCAACACAUAAAUUACUUAUAUCAAUUUUCUCUGGUAUUGAAAAGGGCUCAUAAUCUUUUUUUAUAGUAGUAGAAUCUGUAUCAUCCGGUCCUGCUAUACUGUUUAGAACUAAAACAGCAUCUUCCACAUAUCUGGUAAGAAUACCAGGUACAUCCAUUGAAUUUACCAAAGGUAUAAGACCGUUUCUUGAAACUAAU